AUGACAACACCCCCGUGUCCCCUCCUGGCUCAGGCUGUCCAUGGCCUCUCCCAGAUAACCAGCAGUCUAUACAUCAGCAGCGGGGUGACAGCGAACAAUGAACUCAUGCUGUCUACCAACCACAUCACGACAGUCAUCAACGUGUCGGCGGAGGUGGACAACACGUUCUUUGAAGACAUCCAGUACGUACGCGUGCCGGUGGUAGAUGCUCCCACCUCGCACCUCUACGACUUUUUUGACCCUAUUGCAGAUCACAUCCACAGCGUGGAAAUGAAGCAGGGCCGAACGCUGCUGCACUGCGCCGCCGGGGUGAGCCGCUCUGCCACUCUCUGCCUCGCGUACCUCAUGAAGUACCACUCCAUGUCGCUGCUGGACGCCUACACGUGGACCAAGUCAUGCCGCCCCAUCAUCCAGCCCAACAUCGGCUUUUGGGAACAGCUUAUCCAUUAUGAAUUCAAGCUGUUUAGUAAGAACACCGUUCACAUGAUCAGUUCCCCGGUGGGUAUGAUUCCAGACAUCUACGAGAAAGAGGUCUGUUUGAUGAUGACGAUGUGA